AUGCCUCGGAAAAAGAAAAACGAACAGAGCCCCAACAGAGUUCCCGGUGGGCCGCUCCCGGGGGAUAACUUCAAUCGUAGACAACUUCAGGUUGAUAAUGUCGCUUUGAUGUCCAGCCUUUCACCCAGGAAUAGAGACUCCGACAGGCAAAAAAUCACCCAAAACAUGCGAGAAAUAUUCUCCCACCUGGACCCUGAAGUUAUACAUAUGGUGCUGUCUGAAGUCGAUUUUAAAGUUGAAAAUGCCAUGGAUUCCUUGUUGGAACUGUCGAUUGCUGCUGAACUCGCAGCUCCCGUUCCAUCUCCAAUGUCUGGCUUUGAGAGCACUGCUGCAGCCUUGCUUCAUCCUCAACAUGAUUUUCAACCUGCACAAGACCCUAGCUCUCUAUCAGAGCAACUCUCAUCCCCAUUGUCUACCAGUGUCCUGACUGAAGACUUGGACGUUCAACUUGAUCAGGAGCUACAAAACCUCUCUGCACAACAGGGAGAUUUAACUGACAACCAGUAUUCGUCAGAUCGCAUGACAUUGCCGUUCUUACCUCCAAAAGACUUUCCAGAUCAAGUCUUCCCUGAGCUCCAGGGGCCUGAGUGUAGGCGCGACUCUGCUGGGCAACCAUGUCUUGAAAGAGCCUUGUGGCCUUCUGGUGCUCCCUCUCCAUUUGACCAGCACAAAACUUUGGAAGGUGGCAGCGGCAAAGAUGAAAAAUUGCUUAUGGAUCUGAAAAAUCAAAUGACAGAAGAGCCUCCUUAUAGACCCAAACCUCCCUUGGAUUUGGGCGCUUCAGGGCGUCCCUCUGCCUUCCAGAUGUAUAAAAAAAAUCAACCAUCCCAAAUGCUUUUAGAACAGACUGGCCACAUGCCCUCUGAAAAUACAGCUGGAGGAAAUGGCUCUCAGGUGAACACGGCAUCAUGGAAUCUUCGUUCACUUGCUAUUUCUCCUCGUUUACAUGGAAAACAAGGACCAUGCUUUAUCACCCCUAUUGCACCUUCACACCCUCUAGUUGUGCAUCCCUCUCCCUGGGGAGGUCAGAGCCAUGUAAAUCAAGCACCUCUUAAAAAUUAUGCAACAAUUCCUAAAUCCUGGGCUAUGGCUGCUCAUAAUCCUGGUGGAAUUGCACCUGGUCGAGCUAGCAGGCUUUGUUUGGAAGGAAAGGUUCUUGUGUUGCUCCGUGGGCCUCCGGGAUCUGGGAAAUCCACUUUGGCUCGAGCUUUUCUUCAACAUAAUCCAUGUGGGGUUGCUCUGAGCACUGAUGACUACUUCACCCAUCAAGAACACUAUAACUUUAAUCCCACUACUCUAGGGGAAGCUCAUGAAUGGAACCACAAGCGAGCGAAAGAAGCUUUUGAGAAAGGUGUCAGCCCCAUCAUAAUUGACAAUACAAACAUGCAGGGCUGGGAAAUGAAGCCCUAUGUGGCCCAGGCAUUGAAACAUAAUUACAAAGUGCUUUUUCGAGAGACAGAUACUUGGUGGAAGAAUAAGCCCAGAGAGCUAGAAAGACGCAGCAAACAUGGUGUAUCUGUUGAAAAGAUUCGGCGCAUGCUUGAUAACUACGAACGCUUUGUAACAGUCAAGUCUAUCAUGGGUGCACAAAUGCCUGAGAUGAAACAGCGCCUUCAGUUGGAGAGCAGAAAGAUACAGUCUGUGACUCCUGAAGCAAAAUGUCCUGACCUUGUCGAUGAACCUGGACUGAUGGACCGACAUAAGCAUUGCCAACCUAAUUUCUUUUCCUCUCUUCCUGAUGUGUCAUCUAUUGGUCAUCCCAGUGAGGCACACAAGUUGGAAUAUGAUGACUGCAAAUCGGCAGAUUUGCUUGAUUUUCAGCCAACUUCAGAGCAUUCAAACAAGGAUAAUGACAUGGACUUAGGGACAUUGGAUAGUGAGUUGGAUGCUUUAAAUCAGCCUUGUGGAGAACAGGUGAUACCUGAUUGUAUUGUUGAAUUGGUGAUAAACGAAGACCACCACAGUAAUAAACUCCCUGUGGCCUUCUCUGAAUCUAUCAAACAAAGGGUGCCAAGGGAAAAAUGUGCCAGGAAGUUCUAUUGCUCAGAUUUGGAGAAACAUAUUAACCAGUCGAGCGGCUUAGGAAUAGAUCCAGAACAGAUGAUUGCAGAAGGGGUACCAGUGGUGGGUGGAGAAGAGGCAGAGCAAUCAAAAACGUUGAAUUUUGCCGGUGACUGGCCAUCUGAAGGGCCUCUUGAGCAGCGGCAGGUAAGAAGAAAAGAAUGUUAUAAAGACGGUGACAACAGCGAAGUCAGAACAGCGUCUAAAGAAGUCAACAGUGACGAAGGCAAAAUGCAGUCUGGAAAUAAUCUGACUGAGUUCCAGAAACUUCUUGAUCUCAUUCAGACUGGUGUAGUCACUUGCUAUUCUGGUUCUUCUUGUUCAUCACCUGUUUCCCUUUGCGAAGGACAGAACUUGGAGAAAGAUGACAAGAUUGAAGGAUCCCUUAGCUGUAGUUCUAAGAGUGAGGAAGAACAACAGAACAUUACUGUAGAAAAGAGUAGCAAAGUUGAUUUACCAGAUUGUGUUUUAGAUAGGAAUGCUACUGAUUUUUUUCAGGAUACUGAUGAUAUUUUAAAAGGUGAAAACGAAACAAAUAGAACAUCACUUUUAGACAUUGGUUGUGAAAAAGAAUCAAAUGUUGCUGCAGAUAACCAACCAGGUGUUACAUCUGAAUCUACAAACCCGCAAGAGAGCUAUGGUAUUGAUGAGUGUGAUAUAGAGUUUGUGUCUGAGAACGAUACAAAGAAAUGUAACGAGCUGCCAGACAAUGAAGUGGCAGUAGAUCUUGAUUGCAGACAAUACAAUGAUCUUUGCCAAGGGCUUUUUGGUGGAGAGCCUCUAGAACCAGAGAGUUGUGUUCUUGGUGAAUGCAGUCAAGAGCGAAAGCAGCGUCAGGGUCGCAGAUCAGGGAAGCAUUGCAAGCUCGCUCUCACCUUCACUCAGAAUUGUCUGGCACCUUCCGACAAAACACAUGAGUGUCCCAAUACCACAUCCCAAAUUUUUGACAAUGGUCAGAGUAGCAUCACCAAAAAUCCUGACUGUGAUACAAGCCUCUGUCCUACAUUAGAGUUGUGCUCCACGAUCAAAGAAAUGCAUCUGCAAACUGAAUCAAACCUCUGUACAGAUAGAGGUUGUCACACUCAGACGGAACCUCAGGACUUUGGCCUUCUUUGGCGUCUUAAUCAUCAAGAUGAUCCAGCAACAAAUGUAAUCGCUUCAUACAACUACUCCAGUGACGACGUCAAAAUCCUAUGUGGUGUGUCCUCACGAUUUGUCCCGGAGGUUGCAUCUGCAGUUUCUGCUGCAGUUGCAGUUAACCCAUCUAUUCACAAUACAGUACCAUACCGCAUGGUACAUGAGAAAAGCACACAGGUGGAGGACAAUGAAUUGGGAGCAGCUCAAAGCCGUCUUGAGAGCCUGAGCAUACUCAGUCGCCAUUUUAAAUUAGUUGGUUUAGAUACAUUGGAGGACUUGUAUGACAAAUGCCAUCAAGACUUGGAAUGGACAACCAACCUGUUAUUAGACUCUGGAGAAAGGCUCUUUAAAGAUGAGGAUGUAUUAGAGGAAAUGCUAGAGGAGCGAGCUGUCACAGCUGAGCAGAGCAAUACAGUGUUCGUACCGGCAUUAGACAACAAGUUGGGAAAUGAACUUCCUGAUGCAGGGCUGACUGCCAUUGGCGAAGAGCUCGAACAAUGUCCUUAUGAGGUUGUUACCGAAAUUGGUGAGAACUCCGACACUGAAUCAUUAAGAUUUGGACUUGAGACUUCUCUUAUUGAUACAAAAAGUCAGCCAGAAACAAAUUCACACAUAGUCUCAACUAGUCAUGGCCUAUCUACUUUGGAACAACAUGUUGACAUUGAACAAAAAGUAAUCGUCGAAGACUCAGGUCCAACUCCAGAUGAUAUUGCCAGUUUGGAAGAGGUUCACCGACUGCUGGAGGCUGAGCUAGAGGAGUUGGAGAGAGAACAAAAAAUGAAGGCUGAUAGGAGGACCCUUGAAAAGAAAGGCAUCCCAGGUGUAAACAUUCAGAGUGUGGAGCUGAAACUAUCCACUGAACUGGCACUGCAACUAACUGAAUUGUUUGGCCCUGUUGGAGUCGAACCAGGAACGUGCUCCUCAGAAGAGUAUGCAGUGCAGAUGGACAUGAACUUGGCUAAACUGCUCCACCAGAAGUGGAAAGAAACUAUCCAGGAACGGCAGAGACAAGCAACUCUUUCCUACCAGUUACUUCUAGAUGGCGCAGGAGCAUGGCAUGAGGCGCAGCUGGGCAAAACAUCAUCACAUUUUCCGAGUGGCAAUGAUUCGGGGUUGCCAAUAAUGGACCAUUGGAAUUUCUCCCAACCACGUGUCUCUCUGCGGAACAUUAUGGAAGAGGAGCGAGCCAUGCAGGAGAAUGUACAAAAGUCAAGGCAAAAUCGAGCAAACAUCAACAAGCGUGAUGGAUCCUCUAUCCUAAAAGAGGAGCAGCUCUACUCCCGCUUCCCUUCCAUUGACAGACUUUUUCUCCAGGAUAUUUUCAGGGAUAAUAACUGCUGCCUCACCCAGACAGAGCUUUUUCUGAACUCUUUACUAGACCAGGAGCCUGUCAAGACUGUUGUAGCUCCAGAACUGCCUCAAUCUGACCAUCACAGAACUCCCAGCAAAGAGAGAGAAAAGAAGCUUCCAGACUCUGAUGUGGCUCAAUCCCAGAACUUUCAGGACACUGAGGAUCCUGAGUAUAAGGACUUCAGGGCCGAAGCCACUCUCCAAAGAAGUCGACAAAUUGAGUGUUUUUCUAAAGCUGCAGCAGCUUACAAGCAAGGACACAAAGAGGUGGCCUCAUUUUAUGCACAGCAGGGACACUUACACGGUCAGCGGAUGUAUGAGGCCAACCACCGUGCAGCUGCACAGAUCUUUGAGAGAGUCAACUCGUCGCUUCUACCUAAGAACAUCCUGGACCUUCAUGGGCUGCAUGUGAAUGAAGCCCUGGAGCAUCUGCGACGCAUACUUCAGAACAAAACUGCCGACUGUGAACAAGGUCUGUGUCGACCGCAGCUCUCUGUCAUCACAGGAAGAGGUAACCACAGCCAGGGGGGCGUGGCCCGCAUUCGCCCAGCCGUCAUAAACUACCUCAAAAACACACACUACAGGUAUACAGAACCGAAGCCGGGUUUAGUGGUGGUCUCUUUGAAGUAA